AUCACUUCUAAAGAGCCGCUCAGCGUUCGAACUUGACUGGCUUUUCCAGCACUGAGCGAGAAAAUCAGGACCAUGGUGGACAACGAUGCCUCAACAGCAGGGAGCUUCUUGGCCUUCGUCGUUGAGGAUGUGCAGCGAUCGACUUCGUCAUAUGUCACCGUGGCGGCGGUGCUGGCUCUCGCGAUAUUCAUCCACAGGUUCUCGUCGCCUGAGAUGGACAAACGCGAGCCGCCGCCGAUGAAGCCCAAGAUCCCCAUCGUCGGACACCUCGUCGGAAUGAUCCGGCACCAGAGCCGCUAUUUUAAGACUUUGGAGAAUCGCAACAUGGCGGUCGCCACGCUUCCGAUCCUGAACGGGAAGCUUUACGGCAUCUGGGAGCCAACGAUAAUUCAAUCCGUCUACCGAAAUCGGCUCUUGUCGUUUGAGCCGUUCGCCGUGGAAUUUGCCCAGAGGGAGAUCGGCUUCAGCAAUGCGAUGCUCAAGGUCAUCCAAGAAACCACGUUGCUGCCCGAGUUCUUUGAUUGUAUUCACAAAUCCAUGACCGCGGACAACCUGCGCCAGAUGAACACCAAAUCGCUCACGUAUGUGUCUGACGCACUGGACGGUGUCUGCAAUGGCUCUGAAACAUUCGAGGCCACGAACUUCUUCGUUUGGGUACGUAACCUGAUGACCAUGGCUACGACGGAGGCUUUGUACGGCCCCGGCAAUCCACUCAGAAAUAGCGCGAGCUUGAUGGAAGAUACGUGGGCCUUCGAAGCAGACCUGCCGCUGUUGAUGCUCGGGGUGGCUCCGUCCAUCACGGCGCGGAAAUGCUACUACGCGAGACAACGACUCCAGGCGGCGCUGGGAGAGUAUUAUGGCAACAACGGGGAUUAUCACGAGGACGCUUCCCAGAUCGUUAGGAGCCGCGCGGCGGUCCUACGAAAGCACGGGAUCUCGGGCAAAGAAGUCGGCAUGUUUGAGAUUGCUCUGCUCCACGUAGCGACAGCCAACACGAUCCCAACGUUGUUCUGGUUCAUGAUGCAGGUCUUUAGUAGGCCUGAAUUGGUGGACCAGCUGAGAAAAGAGGUACUGCCAGUGGCCCAGCGCGGAAGCAACGGCGAUGUCACCAUCGACAUAGGAACGAUAAACGAACGGUGUCCUCUGUUGGUCAGCUGCUACCGUGAGGCGAUCCGACUGUCGAACCAGGGCAUGGGCAACCGAAAGGUGUUGGAAGACACGACUAUUACGGAUGGAAAGGGACAGUCAUACCUCCUCAAGAAGGGCUGCAAUGUGCAGGUGUCGGCUCAGGUCCUGCACCGGCUGGAAAAUUCGUGGGGCCCGGACAGCGCAAGUUUCAAGGCAGACAGGUUCGUGGUGAGGAGCGGCAAGGAGCACGCCGAGUCGGAGAAGAUGAAGAGGGCGGCGUUUAUCCCGUUCGGUGGCGGAAAACACCUGUGCCCGGGACGCAACUUUGCCUUUGCCGAGAAUCUAGGACUCAUGGCGUCCCUGUUGGCGGGAUUCGAGGUUUCGCCCUUGGACCGGAACAUGAAGGAGACGGAGGGGAUUCCCGACUCGGCGGGCUGCCCAAUGACAGGAGCCGUCGUGAAGCCUGUGAACAACGGGGAAGGGUACGGGAUUCGGAUCCGGAGACGAAAGGGGUGGGAGAGCGUCAAGUGGCGGUACAUAAGCUGA